AGAGAGAGAGAGAGAGAGAGAGAGAGAGAGAGAGAGAGAGAGAGAGAGGAAGCAAGGGAAAGAUAAUAGUUUAUCCAGGUGGAGGAAAGACACGGAAGUUGGCAAAUGAAUGGAAGUGGUAUCGAGCACUAGUUCCACCAAGGUCCACGAAACAGGAGGAAAGGCUUCUUGUUCUGCCGCGGGUCAUGCUGGAUGCCGCCAGUUACCUGUCUUCCUCAGCACCGCCGCUUACACUCUGGUAGCUGCUGGAUGAGCGUGGUAUAGGAGCGCAGUCACCGUCCAUCGACGAGGAUCAAGAAUCUAGGAUGACAGAGAUACAGUGAGCCAGCAAUGCCCUACGGUGCCCAUGCAGUGUUCUUGGCCGCAGCAGCUCGCCGGCCAAGCUCGGGGUCGGCUGGUUCGCGAGAUCUUUCAUUGAAGGGAAGGUAACACUGUAAAUAGAGCGUGUCAUGAGAGCCGGAGUGACUGUGUGGCCCAGGGCGUCGUCAUGCUGCAGGUGACAUCGCAAUCUGUCAAGCCAUGUCACUCCACUUUAGUGCCAACCAGUUUGAAGGAGGCUACAGACCGACGCGCCUCGCCAACUGGGAGGUGGGGCGUGUGCACCAGGAACGACCCCGACAGCGGCGAGGCACCACCCGGGUGAUUGCUGAUGACCGCGGCCACCUGCUGCCCGGGGUGGCUCGCUCCCAGGCCACGCCCUGGGGACCCCUCACACAGGCCCUAGAACCUGGCGUGGGCGGCGAGCAGCGGCCCUCGCCCACCGAAAUUCGACAAGCGCCCCGCCCAGCAGAGGAAGAACAGGAGGAGGAUCCAGCGGGAGAGGGGACAGAGCUCCAGGUGACAGGGGCGGGACUGCUGUCUGGAGGACGCCUCGAGGAGGGAAGCAGCCACCAAGAUAAACAUGACUCUAACAGGAGCCAUGGCACGGUUACCCCCGCCUCCUUCAGAAAGGUCGCCACAAGGUCCCCAUCUGCAUCUCAGAAAAGUUCCCGCAAGUCAUCGGCGUCCUCAAAUUCAUCCUCCAUUGACGGUAACCGUGCCCUGAAGGAGACUGCCAACAUUACUCACGACACUGUAGAGGACGCCCUGUUGCCUCGACGCCCGGAGGAGGAUUUGACUGCUCUGACAGGGUCUCGCGCCCUAGCCAUACGCCUGGUGGACCAUCCAGCGCCCACAAAUUGUACAAAGUAUGUCGUCCUACGGCCCAACACGGCCCCUUCUCCCGCACCAUCCACUAAACCACCCUUACUUCCAAAACGCCCCAAGACUUCCAAGAUCAUAAGGAAGGUCCCAGAGAUUGAGUUCGCUCUCAAGUGGGACCUCAAAGAAAAUGACAUUAUGGAAGAAGAAGAAGAGGAAGAAGUAAUCGAGAUGAUGGACGCAAAGAAAAAGCCGCGAGAACCUCCAAGUCCGCGCUCAGUCAGCUCCGUGGACUCUGGGAUUCACAUUCCAAAGACGGCAUGGGGAGACGGUCCAGACACAUGUGAACUGACGUCCAAACUUGAACGUCUUGAGGUGAACGGUAGGAAGGAAGCAGAAACUCGCUCGCCUCCCAGGAAGACGUCAGAACCAGAGUCUGGCUACGGAACACCAAAAUCUGCAGGCAGUCUACCAUCUGUGGCCUCAAGAGCCAGCUCGGGCAGACGCUCCAUUGGAGUGCCAUUAAGGGUAGGCAGUACUACACCUGCCAGCAAGGACAUGAGCCGCACAAUAUCCAUGGACUCUCAACGCCUUGCACAAGGCAGUGCACAAGGCAGUGCAAGGUCAAUAUCCAAAAAUGGAUUAGCCUCCCCGACAGAGAGGCACACUCCUAAGUCCUCCUCCAGGAGUAGUACCAAGACACAAGCGUCACGGAAGGAAGCCAAAACCACACCGGCUAGCCCGCAGCCACGGGAUCCUCUUGCCAUCAUGGAAACGAAAGACUCCGUGUUCCAUACAGUUCCCUUGAGAGACACUGGACGGGGUGUCCACACAUACAGAAGUACAUCAGUGGAGCCGCGGCAAAUGGUAGCAACCACACAGACGGAAGAGCUUCAGCGGGAGGUGGAAGAAUCAGGUAGCGGUGCAGCGGCACCACCCGAGAUGCGCCACAACCAUCCUGGCCAGGUGAGAUCCAGGAACUGUCUGGCUUGUGAGGUGCGUGCCAUGGACCAACCACCUAAGAAAUUCCAGGGUCCCUCUGAUUUCAAGCCUGCCUUCAGGGCAGGCAAAAUGCAGCAAGACUCUGGCGUAAAAAAAGUCAGGUACACACGCCAGAGUGAGAAAUACAACGCUCGUCUCCGUGCCCGUCACCAGCCUCCCCGCUACUGGCCCAUCAACACCCUCAGCUCGCCCUUCUGCAACCGCCCGGGUUAUGGUCAAGACCAGUACCCGGACCACAUGAGGCUGCGGACUACGUACAGCACGGUGCACGCCACAACCCCAAAGCAGACCCGAGGCUCCAUCGUCAAAAAACUCUACCUUUAAAGUUUUCACGUGACAAUGAACGCUGUGUUCCUUUUAAAAUAUCCACACCAAACUACUGACGCCUUUGUAUAGUGGUGUGCGACAUGUGCUGGUGAAGGUGCGACUCACUCUCACCUGUCAUCUCGUUGCUCCACACUGAUAAAACAUUACCGUGAGCAUGAAUGAUCAGAAUGAAUAUAUCAUCAAAGGAAACUACAGUUUUCAUAGAGAGACUGAUAAAUUAUUUGGUUUUAGCAAUGGAAAGUGAAAAUUUUUAGUUUCGAUGGUGUUUCAAGAUCUGCGCUCGUAAAGAGAGGGGUAGAUAAAGGUAAAGGUAGG